AUGAUCAAUCGACACCAACUCAGAUAUGCUUACCUUUUCUUCUGGCUGUUUAUUGUCGAAAUUCAAGCUGGUGUCCUCGAUGACGCUAUAAUUAUAAAAAAUGCCAACACGACACCAAUCUUUUUUCGCUGGUCACAAGGAUUUGAAUUGAAUGGUCAACAAAUUCGCUGUGCCACAGAUCAAUCAUCAGAAGACCCUUCUAGUCGUUUUCUUGAAGCUUACCCGGAAACGAAAGGUUUGUAA